UUGUUUCCGUUGAAGGGUUUAAAAUCAUGACUGGCGAUAAGUAAGUGGGACUGUUUCUGUCUGUACGUGAAGGCGUGUGUUUUGAAUCCGGUUAGCUUAGUGAGGUUAGCUAGCAGCACAGCAGGGCUACAGAGCCCAGCCCAUCACAAUGUUUCCUGUGUGAAUAAUGCUAGAGCAACCUGCUCAUAAUGAACACCGGCAGUGAUGUGGAGGCGGAUUCAGACUGUGUGGAUCUGUGAGGUGUGAAGUGUUGUGCAGGUUUCCCCGGAGCCCCCCCGCAGCCAUGAAGCUUCGACUGCACUUUGUGGUGGACCCAAUGGGGUGGUUGUGCAUCAGUAUGGUAUUUGGGAUCUGGCUCUACAACACUUUCUUCAUUCCCAAGCUGGUUCUGCUUCCCCACUACAAUGAAGGACACAUUCCCUGGGCCAUGGUUGUUUGUUAUUACAUGUCAUCAGCCCUCUGCCUAGCGGCCCUCUUCAGAGCUUCCACAGCAGAUCCCGGUCGCCUUCCUGUGGACCCCCACAUACCUCACUCUGAGCGGGAGCACUGGGAGCUGUGCAAUAAGUGCAACUUAAUGAGACCCAAAAGGUCCCACCACUGCAGUCGCUGUGGCCACUGUGUGCGCAGGAUGGACCACCACUGUCCCUGGAUCAAUAACUGUGUGGGAGAAGACAACCACUGGCUCUUCCUGCAGCUCUGCCUCUACACUCAGGUGUUAAGUUUGUUCACGCUGGUGUUGGACUUCUGCCAGUACUAUUACUUCCAGCCACUGACGGGAAUGGACCAGGAGAAGUUUACAACACGCCACGAACUGGCUCUGCUGCGGGUGUCAGCGUUCAUGGGCAUGGUCAUGUUUGGUGGCAUGGCCAGUUUGUUUUACACCCAGAUGACGGGCGUCCUUUCUGAUACUACCACCAUUGAGAAAAUGGCUCAGUUCUCAAAUGACGCAUGUGGCUCAAAGAGGUCCUGGCAGUGGGCACUAGCCGAAGUUUGCGGCACACGCUGGAAACUCCUGUGGCUGCUCCCGCUCCGAGUCAGGCAGCCGCUUCAUGCCAGCCACCUCUUCCGCACCCACGUGUAGGUCAGCAGCACUACACUACCUCCUGCCUGCACGGAUGCUACAGGCUGCCACAAUGAAGCACUGUAUGCACACUUAGAGAAUUAAUUUGCUCGCCUUCACUGUCCUCUUUUGUGCUAUGGGAGCUUUGUUUUUUCUGUGGAUACUGGAAGCUUUUAUUUUUGUGUGUGUUCUUUAGAAGGUUUUUUGCCUUUCUCUACAAGACCCAGACUGGCAGUAAACAGGGUCAAGAAACACCUUUGGGAGUGAUGGGAAAGUUUUGCUUGUUUUACUCACUGUGAUGGCUACUUUCAGCAUUUGGAAACCACUUUAACGGCUAAUUGCAUCAGAAGGAUGGAAGUCUUCACCUGAAAGCUGCUGGCGAAAAAAGGGACCCCUCUCAGGUUACGUUAAUAAAAAAGAGCCUUUACUACUGACAUUUAAUCAACCACAGACAGAACUAGGGUAACUCGGGUGUGUUUGUCAGAAAGGCAAUUUUUUGUAUAAGAUUUGUGCCUUGUUUCUUUUAGCUAUGUCUAUUUUAUUUGUUACGCAUGAGCAGUGUUUCUGCUUUAUGUUUGCUGGUUGGUGUUUAUCCACUUAAGAAUUUCCGUGUGAAUAAGGGAUCUGGCGUCAGAUGCUUUCUAAUAACCCCUGAUCAUUUAAUGAUUCAUGAAUGUUUCUUUGAACGUUUUAUCUCCGAAAGGAUGUUUUAUGAUGUGUGGUCACAGAACAAAGUUGAUAACUUGAAUGCUGAUGACACAGGAACAGCCGGGUAUGAAGAUAUGUUAUCACAAGCUGAAGGUUAACCCUUUAUCAUGCCAUGGGGAAAAUAAUCCAGAUUUAAAAACUGUAUAUGUCAUAGACCAACCAAGUGUAUAAUCCAUUUGUUUAACAAAGUAUAACAAACACUCCACUGCCAAUUAAUAUCAUUAUCCCUUAAAUCACUAUGUUUAUCUUAAAAGGACUAGUGGUCGAGGGGUAGAGUCAAGAAGUUAAAUUCCACUGUCUGCCUAUAUGUUAAAGAUGAAGCUACAGCCAGCAGCUGUUUAGCUUGGUUUAUACAAAUGUAUUUGAUUUGUAUUUAAAACAAAUUAUUUGGACCUUCCCCUACCCAUUUACACGGAGGAGGCGGGUUUAUGACUUCUAGACGUUUUGGCUUCACUUUUUGUGAGCAGCCAUGUCGUCCAUCUUCAUAUACAGUCUAUGUUUCAACAUAGACGUAACUUGUUGAUAAACACAUUUUGUUUACUUUUUACGUAGCCAGGCUAUGCUAAGCUAAUCACUUGCUAGCUACAGCUUCACAUUGACAGAACAGACAGGUGAAUGACAUUGAGCCCAUACUCUUGUCUGUUUAGCUUAAAUCUGCUCUAUCAACCAAAGCAACUUUCGAAUCAAGAGUAAUUUCUCCUUCUCAUCUUAGUGCUGCCCCUGUCAUAUUUGCUUGUGACAUACACCUUGUUAAAUUGACACACUGAAAAUGUAUUUAUGUGAUUUUGCUGUUACUCUAUGGUACCGAUUAGAGAUUUUUUAUCAAUUCUUUCAACGGAUAAGAUGAUUCUGCAUAAUAUGCAUAAUAAUACUAGCAUAGCAUGGUUGUCAUUGUCUAUAAUACUUGGCAAUCGCUUAUACGUAAACAAAGCUUUUCAUGUGUUGGAAAAAUUACACUAUCCAAGUAGUUUUAAGUGCCUAUCUAGGUCUUCUUGUUAUGCUCACAUUACAUCAUCAUCAUCAUUACCAUCAUCAUGUUGGUCUCCAUAAAAGCCAAAGACCUUGGGAAAUGUUGCAAUAGUCAGCAAGUAUUCAGCAAAUGCAUGUUUCACCAAACCUUUUCAGAGUGGUUGAAUAUUAUGCACAGAUUUUUCACGUUAGCAACUUAGCAUGCAGUCUGUUCCACUGCAUCAAUCUCAGAAGAAACAUGUUCACUUGAAGUUGUUUUAGUUGACGUGUAUGCUUUGCUCUGUUCAUACCUCGUAGUCGAGUUGAUCACGUUUGCAUGAGUGUGUGUUGAUAACUUUGCUCAGUGGUUUUUAUAAAUAGAUUCAGGUUUUUGGAUGUUUCGGAAUUUUUUUGUGGGGGUCGUGGGAUAAGUGGUGUGAUUGACAGUAAAAGGAGAGGGUACUGCUGAUAAAUAACACUCUAUUUCUUUUAUAUGAUUUUUUAAAAAGCAAUAAGCAUUGUGGGUUUUUAAAGCCAUCUUUAUUGUUAUAUUGGUGUUGAAAAUCUGAUAUGUAUUAUGAAGUAUACGAAGUGGGUGAAAGCAGGUUUUUGCUUAUUUCUCACUAACCCGUCGUAACUACUUGAUUGUUUGUCAGAACUUCUUUAACCUCAGCCAAGACAACUGCAGCUGCUGUGUGUAGUUGUAAAGGAUUUCUUCAAUUAUAACACGUCAGCCACAUUCAUUUAAUGAAUACUUAAGAACUGCAGGAGACUGGAGAUGGAAAAAUAUCGGAGCCAUUAUAUGGUGUUCACCAGGGCUCUCUGUUAAGAUCUGUUCUCUUUUGUUCACAAUGUUUAUUGUGUUUUCAUGCUGUAUAUGUAUAUACUUUUUAUUCAAACCUCAUUCACUGGAACAGCUACUUUUUGUGGACUGAAUUAAUGCACCAUGAACACAGUAUGUUAUACCCUAAUGAUGUCUAGAAAGCUGGUAAACAUUCAUUUUCAGUUAAUUAUAUCAGAAAAGUGUGUUGUUUGUGAUUAUAGAAAAUAUCAUAUUGGUAUUCAUGUUCCUAAUAAAUUAGAUUCUGAAUAGG